AUGAGAUCUAUCAUUUGGUUGAUCAGGCAGCGAGGAUAUUUCGUUCAGUCGAUACGUCGAACACCUUGCGUGCCUUCUUCGCCUCCGGUGAAUCAAACUAAUUUUCAAGCCUCGAGCUUUCUCACUGCGCUAAUCUCUCCGACGAAAUCCCCGGACGAGACGUGUAGCGGGUCUGAAGUAGAAGAAGAGCCCAACAAAUGUUUGUCUCUGAGAAUCGAAAAGCUCCCGAAAGGAGUAACUGUUGGGUCUGCGUUACAGAGCUGGAUGGGCGAUGGGUUUCCAGUUCAUGGUGGAGAUGUUUAUCACGCCAUUAAUCGGUUGAGGAAGCUCGGAAGAAACAAACGUGCCCUUGAGUUGAUGGAGUGGGUGAUCAGGGAAAGACCGUAUCGUCUUGGCGAGCUAGAGUACUCAUACUUGCUCGAAUUUACAGUUAAGCUUCACGGCAUUUCACAAGGCGAAAAGCUCUUUACUCGUGUCCCUCAAGAGUUUCAGAACGAGCUUCUUUACAACAACCUCGUGAUCGCUUGCUUAGGUCAGGGUGUCAUUAGGCUUGCACUAGAGUAUAUGAAGAAGAUGAGAGAACUCGGUUACCGUACAUCCCAUUUGGUCUACAACCGUCUUAUAAUCCGCAACUCAACUCCCGGACGAAGAAAACUCAUCGCGAAAGAUCUUGCGCUCAUGAAAGCCGACAAGGCGAUUCCUCAUGUCUCAACAUAUCAUAUCUUGAUGAAGCUUGAGGCUAAUGAACAUAACAUCGAUGGGGUGCUAAAGGCUUUUGAGGGUAUGAAGAAAGCGGAAGUUGAGCCGAAUGAGGUUUCUUACUGUAUAUUGGCUAUGGCACAUGCUGUAGCGAGAUUGUAUACAGUUGCUGAAGCCUAUACCGAGGAAAUUGAGAAAUCUAUCACGGGGGAUAAUUGGUCGACCUUAGAUAUAUUGAUGAUUCUCUACGGACGUUUAGGAAAAGAAAAGGAGCUAGAAAGAGCGUGGAAUGUCAUCAAAGGAUUUCACCAUGUCAGAUCCAAGAGCUACUUGCUGGCAACCGAAGCGUUUGCGAGAGUAGGGAAACUUGAUAGAUCUGAAGAGCUCUGGUUAGAGAUGAAGAACGUAAGUGGACUUAAAGAAACAGAGCAAUUCAACUCUCUGCUCUCUGUAUACUGCAAGUCCGGAAUGAUAGAAAAAGCAAUUGGCAUAUUCCGCGAGAUGACGGAAAAUGGGUUCAAGCCUAAUUCCAUAACCUAUAGACAUCUCGCUCUCGGAUGUGCUAAAGCCAAGCUGAUGAAAGAAGCUCUCAAAAACAUCGAAAUGGGUUCGAAUCUAACGACGAGCAAAAGCGUAAGAAGCUCAACGCCGUGGCUAGAGACAACUCUAUCGAUCAUCGAGUGUUUCGCAGAGAAAGGUGAUGUAGAGAACUCAGAGAAACUGUUUGAAGAGCUGAAGAAUGCAAAGUAUAAUAGAUAUGCUUUUGUGUACAAUGCUCUGUUCAAGGCUUAUGUGAAAGCUAAAAUCUAUGACCCUAAUUUGUUCAAAAGGAUGGUUCUUGGUGGAGCUAGACCUGAUGCUGAGUCAUACAGCUUGUUGAAACUUGUUGAACAGUAUAAGCCUUGA